CGUUGUGUCACACAACUGAGGAGUCGCUCGGAGAAGGUUACCUUGUGCACUACUCUGGAGACGAUCGGAGGACGUUUGUCCAAACCCAGGCACAGAAGGCUUUCUUUGACCCGUGCAAUAGACCUAGCAACACUGAAAUCUGAUUCGGGAUUCAUCACUUUUGUUUUUUAAGUUUUACUGACAGAAUGGCAGAAAUUGUCACGAUGGAAGAGGAAAAGGCGGCAAGUGAAAAAGAGCCAGCAAUGGCAAACGGAAUGAUACAAGACAAUGACACAAGAAAACCGAAGUCACCGUCGGCCAGGGUGAAAAGGAUUGUUUUGGCCAACUUGCUGGUGAUAUUGACUGUAACCGGUGUUAUAAUCGGCGUGAUAAUUGGACUGUGCGUUCGCAGCGCAGAACUUAAUAAGGUGCAAGUGAUUUAUUUCGGGUUCCCAGGCGAACUUCUGAUACGACUGUUGAAGAUGAUCAUCAUUCCCUUGGUUGUGUGCAGUCUCAUCUCUGGAGCGGCCAGUAUCGAUCCCCAAGCCCUGGGCAAAUUAGGCGGCUUGGCGAUGCUCUUUUUUUUAGUGACAACUUUAUUUGCAUCAGCCAUCGGUGUAGUGAUGGCGUUUAUCAUUCAGCCAGGUUCUGUCUCCAAGCCCAUAAUCUCGGAAGCUGAUGAAGUGCCACAGGCUAAAGAUGUGAUAGACUCCUUCUUGGAUCUCGUAAGGAACAUCUUCCCAUCCAACCUGGUGGCAGCAGCCUUUCAAUCGUAUGCAACCAGCUACAAAAAUGCCACCACAAAAAAAAUUAACGAAACAGGCUUUGUGCUGAGCACCACCUUCGAUCGGCUACCAGUCGGCAAGGAUGUGGAGGGGAUGAAUAUCUUGGGCCUGGUGGUGUUUGCCAUCGUGUUUGGUGUGGCACUGCGCAAGCUUGGAGAGGAGGGCGAGAUCCUCAUCAAGUUCUUCAACUCCUUCAAUGAGGCCACCAUGGUGUUAGUGUCCUGGAUCAUGUGGUAUGCUCCUUUUGGUAUCAUGUUCCUGGUUGCAGCAAAGAUCGUGGAGAUGGUAGAUGUUGCCAUACUGUUCACCAGUUUGGGAAAGUACAUCGCCUGCUGCAUGCUCGGGCAUGCAUUGCACGGACUGCUGGUCCUGCCGCUUAUCUACUUCGUCUUCACACGCAAGAAUCCCUACAGCUUCCUCUGGGGGAUUUUCACUGCCCUGGCCACCGCAUUUGGGACCUCAUCUAGCUCGGCCACAUUGCCCCUGAUGAUGAAGUGCGUAGAGGAGAACAAUGGCGUGUCCAAGCACAUCAGCCGCUUCAUCCUGCCCAUUGGGGCCACCGUCAAUAUGGACGGAGCCGCUCUCUUCCAGUGUGUGGCCGCCGUCUUCAUCGCCCAGCUCAACUCCAUCUCCUUGAACUUCAUCCAGGUCAUCACAAUCCUAGUGACAGCGACAGCAUCCAGUGUGGGAGCCGCUGGGAUCCCUGCCGGAGGUGUGCUCACCUUGGCCAUUAUCUUGGAAGCGAUCAACCUACCGACCAGCGACAUCUCCCUCAUUCUUGCCGUGGAUUGGCUAGUCGACCGCACAUGUACCAUCCUCAACGUGGAGGGCGACGCCUUUGGAGCGGGGCUGCUGCAGUACUUCGUUGACCGCAACGCCCACAAAGACGGGCCGAACCCCAACGAGAAAGCGCUGGUUGAGGUCGUGUCAGUCAAGCACGAGGACUCGCCCCUCAUCAUCAAGGGCAAGGGCGAGACUGAAGACGGGGCGCCAGUCCGACCCAAUGUGGAGGAGUCUGUCAUGUAGGCAGGUCGGGCUGCUUCAUCAGACCCAAAGAGAGUGUCUCUCCACUAGGACAUUCACUCCUUACUUUUGACCAAAUUCUGAAAGCACAUAUCAACUUGAAUACUUCUAUUUUUAAAAGAACAUCAGCAUGCAUACACCGCCCCCCCCCCCCCCCCCCCCCGUUAUAGGUGUCAGUUUCUGGUCUGUGUCCCAGAGGCACUAUAAUGAAUGUGCAGUGGCUCUUUCGCUGUUAAAAGAAGGAUAAAUAAUAUGGUUGACAAAACCUCAGAUUACCAGAAAUGGUAGUUCUAUACAUGUUACAUGCCUCAUUCCUUGUGCUAGGAUCUUGCGGAAGAUGAAGUGUCCGGUAUUUAAUUUCAGCUCUGGUUUGUAGAGUCCUUUCUGGUUGCUGUAGUAUAGUACUGAAGAGUUCGCACCCGGACAAAUGUAAAGCCCUGGUGAUUAUUGUACGUGUGAAAUAAUCGCACGAACCCCUGGUCAAGUGUGACAGGUAAGAUUGUAAAAGCUAAUAGCAGGCUGUAGGCUAAGGUCCUCAUUUUUUGGAUGGUGGUUAUGCGUUCAAAAAGGAGGAAUAGGUGAACUUGGGACUCCUGUCCCUUUUCCGAAGCUCAGUCAUCUGUUCCAAAAGGGCUAUAUAUGGAGCUUUGUCAUGUGACACUGGAAGAGGUUAUUAGGUUAUUUCCAACCAAAUUAGUCGUCUGGCAUGACAAACAAGGGUGACAUUGAAGGCCAGUAGAGUAGACACAGGCACCUGCUACCGUAUUUGGGCCUCAUGACAUCAUAUCAUAUUGGGUCCCCAACCCAGACCAAUCCCAUUAUGUUCCAAAUUUUUUAGGGCCCCUGUUAUUCGAGGGGCCAUAAAAUGUACUAAACCCCCCUCCCGCACCCUUUCGCCACGCCCCUUAGUAAACAUGCAUGUUGGUGCUUUAUAUUAAUUUAGUCUGGAUGAUUUUUUUUUUCUCUAGCACCUCCUGCUUCUGUUUAUUCAUAUCACCAGAGUCGGUUCAAACCAGAAUAAGCUAGAUCAGACUUCUGCAUACUGUCCGUGAUAUGAUACCUACCACUCUUCUUAAAAGGGUGGGUCGGGAUUUCACACACGUAAGGUUGGUUUUGGAACCUGAUAUCUGUGCGAUGUUGUGCUCACCAAAUUCGGUAGCUCCGUGUAUAUUUUUAUAAAUAUGUCCAAAGGUUUUUUAAAUUAAUUUUAUAGAAUCCGUUAAUGAUGAGAACUUUUAAUGCUGUUUUAUCAGUUUCCCCUCAGCCUUGAUAAUACGUGAUUUUCUUUCUAAGUUAUUUCAGUUAAUUGUCCGCACGUGUUUUUAUGUGUGGUAAUUGUAACGUCUGUAUAUGUUGCUCAUGCGUCGAGAAAUGAACGUCCGUAUGUUUAUGAGCGCGUUUGCCAUGAAGUUUGUCCGAUAUAGUGAAUACAUUAUGAAGUAGAAGGUCUGUGACGAAAAGCUUUAAGAACAUUCCGUACGCUUUCUGUUUGAUGGCUUCGUAAGCCACGGCCAAAGAUAACUGUCGCCGUCCGAAUUGUGCUCCGUUUUUACUGUAAAUAGAAUCGUUUUUAUUUACUCAGUUUCGUAAAUUCUUCAGUUUCUUUUACACAACCAUCAGUCCACGGCUUCCUUAUGAUUUGAUCUAUUUAAUAUACAUUUCGUGAAUGGGGAUUUUAUUUUAUCAUUCAUACCUGAAUGUCACUUAGUCAUCGCAAAUAUGAGCUACUCCUACUCAGAAUUGCUGUACGUGUUUGACAGUAUAGGUAGUAUGACUGUUAUACAAAGAAACGUCAAAUCCCGCUUUACUGUUUCUUGUUAUGAUUUUCUAAAUACCACCACCGCUCAACCGAAAUAUGCAGCCAUUCAUAUUCGAGUCAUUUUCUCACAGGUCUAUUAUUUAUCUAGGUCUAUCUAUUGUUGACAAUUUCACUUGAAACACAUUUUUACUUUAUUUUACCAAAAAAGCUGUUAUGAAAUCAUACUGUCUGUACACUUAAAAUAAAAAAUGUUCCGUGUAUCAUA